AGACCAUUCUUGUUUCUUACCAUAUUGGCCGUUCAUCCAAAGCACCAGAGGAAGGGAGUUGGGGCUGCUCUCCUACGAUGGGGAAUCGAUCGAGCCGAUGCUCUUGGAAUUGAAUGCUUCAUCGAAGCCACUCCAGAAGGCCGGCGAUCCUAUGAAAGGGUAGGGUUUCGAGCCGUCCAAGAGCGGGUAUUUGACAUGAGGCCAUUCGGU